GUGGGGCGGGACCGUGCGGGAGUGUGGAAGCGGCUGCACCUGUGGGCGUCAGGCGUGCAGAUGGCGGGAGUUGGAAGCCGAGCCGCGGCGCCCGCAGGGACAGCGGGGCCUGGGCGCCCAGGGCGACCGCGGGGCCGGCGGCAGCGGCAGCCGGGGAAGCAGCGCUCUGCACCGCAGCCAGGGCUGCACAGCAAAGAAAAAAAGAAAGUGAACUGCAAGCCCAAGAACCGGGACGAGCAGGAGAUCCCUUUCCGCCUCCGAGAGAUUAUGAGGAGCCGCCAGGAGAUGAAAAACCCCAUCAGUAACAAGAAGAGGAAGAAAGAGGCCCAGGUGGCCUUCAGAAGGACACUGGAGAAGGAAGCAAAGGGCGUGGAGUCGGACAUCGCCGUCCCCAAGUUCAAGCAGAGGAAGUGGGAGUCCGAUGGGGCCUACGUCCGGCGCAUGGAGCAGGAGGCCCAGCACGUGCUGUUCCUCAGCAAGAACCAGGCCAGCCGGCAGCCCGAGGCGCAGGCGGCUCCCAGGAAGGAGAAGUCUGAGCGGAAGAAGGCGUUCCAGAAGCGGCGGCUGGAGAAGGUCCGGCGGAGGCGGGAGGAGGCGGCAGCCGAAAGGCUGGAGCAGGAGCUGCUCCGAGACACGGUGGAGUUCGGUGAGGUGGCCUUGCAGCCCCCAGAGCUGACCGCGAAGCCCAGGACGAGCGGGAGCGGCGGCCAGCCCGGAAAGAAACCGCUGAUGCUGAAGAUGCUUUUAAGCUCCGGCGGGGUGUCCCAGCCUCCGGCCACCUCGCUGGCCCGACGGCGGAUUGUCCAGGAGGAGAGGGAGCGGGCCGUGCAGGCCUACAGGGCGCUGAAGAAGCUGCAGCAGCAGCAGCGGCUGGGGACCCAGUCCCCACGGCCACCCCGCCCCGAGCCCGGGAAGAAGCCGCAGACGCGUGUGUGACGGCGACCCAGCAGAGCGCCUGCCCCUGGGCCAGGGUGAGCCGGCGGGUGGCCUGUGGUUGAGGGCCCCUUCCUCGGAGCUCACCCCGGGCCUCAGGCGGGGCGAGGGCUUCGGUCUUCUCCCUUCUCCCUGAGGACUGCUCUGUGGUGAGUGACCGCCAGCAGGGCCACGUCUCCUUCAGGCCGUCGUUCUCCUGAGCCUGUAGAUGGGGCUGGCUCUGGGUGAUACGAUACGCGGCCUGCGUUGUCCCCCUGAGCCUGGUGUCACGUGAAACUUUGCUCUGGACACUCAGAUCCAGCCUGGAACAGAAGCCAGGGCCGCUUUAGGGAGAGCCAAUCCCAUAAUUCUGUCCCUAAAUGCCAGUUCAUUGUGGACAGUGUCGAGUCAGGUCGACUGAGCCCAUAACUGAGGCUCUGGUGGCUGUGACAGAGCAGCACAGCCGUCAGCAUCCAGUCACCUGGACCAGUUUGUGGCACUGCUGUCACGUCCCCACAGACGCAGGCAGAGCCACCUCCGCUCAGCUGCAGUCUGAGCCACCUGCACUGCGGUCUGGGGAGGCCUCCCCGGUCCAGAGUGGUUUGACCACGAGGACUUUGUUGUGGUCGGAGGGCCGUGUGAGUUCUUGCCGAGGAGGGCCUGGCGAGGUUGGACUCUCCUGCUGGCCCCGAGGGAGGGAGCGUCUGGCUUUAUUGUCCUGCCCGGGUGUGGGGUUCAAGCAAGGGGCUGAGGCUUCUGGGCUGUGAGCAGCCAAGCAUUGGGUGGGGGGGCUGCUCACAGCUCUCUUGGGAAGGACAGCCGGUGGGCUCCCUCCUCGCCCUCCCCAGCUCAGGGCCCUCUAGCCAGCAGAGCCGGCCUGGGCAGUGCAGGGGGUGCCCGGCCCCAGUGCUGGCCGCAGCGGCCCUGCAGAGAGCAUGGAGUUGUGUGGGUCUGUUUGCCCUUCCCCAGGUUGGCAUUCUGUGUCAGGAAGUUUAUCUUCCAAUUAAAAGAUUUAAAUUGCA